AAUUUAAUUCCUUCUUUUUUCUCCCCCGUGCAGGCAAUCCCCGUCCUUGGCAGUCCCUCGCGUCGUCGGCACUCACACACACACACGAACACACAAACACCCACACACCCAACACCCACAUCCUACACAGACAUCCUACACUAAGACAUCCUACGCCCCGAGGCACGCAGGCAGAAUGGGUCGUCACAGGGUUCAGCGGUGCAACACGGCCGAGCUGAGGGACCUCCUAGACCCCGUUGGCUCCAGGUGGUACAGGCCCAUCAACAACUUCGAUGAGGUCUUCCCCGGCGUACUGCUGGGCGACGUGGACACGGCGCUCUCGACCCAGGAGAUCAAGGACAACGGGAUCACUCACAUCUUGAACGCGGCCCACGGCACCAACAACCAGGCUUACGGCGGCUACGUGGGCACCAACCCGACCUACUACGCCAAGCUUCGCAACGUCAAGUUCUUAGGCGUCCCCGCAAUGGACAUGCCCAGCUUCUACAUCCGCCCCUACCUCCGCCAGGCCGCAGACUUCAUCGAUAAAGCCCUGAAGGAAGGAGGCCGCGUGUUGGUGCAUUGUCAGUGUGGCAUCUCCCGGUCCGCGGCCCUCGUGGUGGCGUUCCUCAUGCUGAAGCGAAACAUGAAUGUCCAGACCGCCGUCUCCACCAUCAAGAAGAAGCGCAACAUCUACCCCAACCACGGGUUCCUGAGCCAGCUGUGUGACCUGGACUACGAGCUACGGCGUAGCGGGGAGCUGCCCGCCGACAACGCCGAGAUCCAGCUGCCGCCCAUCUCCACCGAGCGGGAGGAGUCGCCCAUCCGCAACUUGUCGGCGUACCCGCGCUUCACACUCGUCCCCGCCAAGGCCAUGGACACCUACACCACCACCAAGAAUUACGUGAAUCCGCGCCGCGCACGCUCAUGCGAGAGGUACGACGUGCCGCGCAGGAGUGUGCCGGACACCCAUCCGCUGGUGGAGAUGCCGCAGCGCAGGGAGCGCAGCCCCUCGCCGGCCCGCCACCUUAGCAUCACCUACCCAACCAAAUACGAGGACGUGGACAACGACGUGGGUCCCAAGGUGUUCGACACGUACGCCCGCUACGCCCGCACCUUCGCUAACAACAAGCCCGUGUCCACUGUGAGCAGCGUGCCCUUCGACCCCUACCUCAGCCUGCUGCGCCAGCCCCGCAGCUACUCAUACGACAAGUACUACCCGCUCGACAUCGACUACGACACGUACAGGUACCUGCGGGCCAAGAGCCCCUUCCUGCCCGAGGCCAGCGUCACCUCCACGCCCUUAUACCGCACCUACAAGAUCGUGCCGGAGCGCACCUUCUUACCCGCCUACCCGCGCUACGUGCCCUCAUCUGUCACCGCCAUCACCUACCCCGUCAGCUACCACCGCACCUACACCACAUCCUCGCUGUCCCCCGUCUCCCGCAUCUGGAUCUAGACUCACACCCGACGCUGCCCCCCGCCGCCCAGGGCCGCCCACGCCCGCCCGCCACACCUCGGGGCGGGAAUGAUGGCGCGCCGCCCCCCACCGCCCACACUGUACAUAUAAGGGGCACCGGCCCCCACAGCCCUCGGGCCCGCACAGGGUGACGCGACGACACUCCUGACGACCCCGACGUGUGGCGCCAGCGGCCGUGACCUCACCCCCCCGAGGGCGUGAAGGGCGACUGGGGGUGAGUUAUUGGGUGGGGGCCCCCGUGCCCCGCCCCUCCCCGCCCCCGUUCCGCCAGCGAGCAACAUCGACAGCGGCAGCAGCAGCAGCAGUUUGUGUUAGUGCCACGCUUGUGUCUCGCCCAGUAGGAGGCGCAGAGGGGGCGGGCACUGGGCAGGCACCGCGCUUCCCUAGGACCGCUACAUUCUCCUCCUCCUCCUCCUCCUCCCCCUCCUUCACCCUCUCCCCUCCCCUCCUCUUCCCCUCCGCUGCGGAUAUGAAAUCAACGCCAUGAAAACCUCGAAGUGAUCAAAACGAGGGUGAGGGCGGGGCGAGGGGGACGGCUGGGGCCAAUGGGGGGGGGGGGGGACGACGACGACGGGAGGAGGAGGAGGAGGAGGAGGAGCAGGAGGAGGAGGAGAAGAAGAAGAAGAAGAAGAAGAAGAAGAUGAAGAAGAAGAAGAAGAAGAAGAAAAGAAGACGAAAAAGAAGAAGAAGAAGAAGAAGAAGAAGAAGAAGAAGAAGAAGAAGAAGAAGAAGAAGAUACACUAGGCCCCCCCACACACACAAUAAUUCGGAUCUUCCAAAUCAGUGUUAUGUAGGGCGAGGGGGCGCUGUGGGGGGAGGGGAAGUGAGGGGGAGAGUGAUGGGAGGAGCAAGGAAGAAGAGGAAGGAAGGCGGUGAGGGAAGGGGAGAAGGGAGGGAGAAAGGAAAGAAGGAAGGAAGGAAGGACGGAAGGAGGGAAGGAAGGACGGAAGGAAGGUAGAAAGGAAGGAAGGUAGGAAGGAAGGAAGGUAGGAAGGAAGGAAGGGAGGAAGGAAGGAAGAAGGGAAGGAAAAGUUUAGGGUAGAUAAUUAUACUGAGUCUUCCUAAAUUCAAUCUCCCCUCCUCAUCCUCUUCCUCCUCUUCCCCUUCCAUCCUUCUCUCAAUGCGCCACCUCCCCUUAGCUAUGUAUCCAUGUAGACCCCAUCUUCCCCUUCUAUUCCCCUUACAUCCCCCUUCCCUCCCCUUCCCCAGUUACAGAUAUCGUGGGGAGGAUACGUUAAAAGCUCCCCCGUCCCUUCCCACCAGACUCUAUUACAUCUUUAGCAAGGAAAAUAUUAUGGUCGGUAUUACAAGACACUUUCGCAUCUCACAUUAAAUAUUUAUAAAGGUCAAAGAGGGGGUCAAUCGGGUUCUAAUGAGUGUUUCUACAGGUUCACGGUACAGAGGAAGAGUCACGCUAUCACCAGGGUCAUAUAAAUACUCCUGGAAAUGCCCACAACUCCUACGAAAGCCUUGUCAAAUAUGUGUUCUUGGGCGGCGAAAUGUCUCAUAAUACGACUCAAAGUAUAUCUCUGAGAAUGUGAGUUUAUGUAGCUGAGAAAUGUUAUACACUUGUUUAAUUAGUCUCUCUUCCCCUUCCCUCCUCCCUUUCACGAUCCUCCCUUCUCUCUCAUCGGUGUAUCUCGCUUCCCUUCCUUGGUUCCUUGCUCCCCCCUCCUUCCCCUCCUCUCCUCGUCCCCUCCCCUCCCCAAUCAGUGGUUUACUAAUGCUUUUAAUAAAAACUCGACCAUUUGUAUAAA